UGAUGUGUCCUGUUUCUCCUCCUGCCAGUUUACAGCUCUCACUCAUCCUCUCUUUCUGCUCAUUUAUUUCCUCCAUCCUGCAGUCUCCUCUGUGUAGUCUCCCCUCCCACCAUCUCUCCCUCACAUCCUCCCCUACUCCCUCCUCUCUGCAGUGCUCAGAACAGCAGAGCAAUGAACCCAUUACUGGCUCCUAAUCUGCUUCUCCUUUCCUCAGAUCCCCCUCUUCAAUCGGGGGACAGUCCCCCAUCACCAUCCCAGUCCUCACUGCUCCACGGGGCCCCAUAUGCUCAGAGUGGUGGGGGGGCUUCGGCUCUACGAAAUGACUUUGGAUCCAAUAUCAGUGUCUUGAAGACCCUCAAUCUACGAUUUCGUUGUUUCUUGGCCAAGGUGCAUGAACUAGAACGGAGGAACCGUUCAUUGGAGAGAGCGCUAGAGAGAGCGCAAGGGGCGGGACCUAUAACCAGGGACCAGGCUGUCCAGACUGGCUUUGUAGGGCCAAUCCUGCCCCCACCUUUGUUGGGGCUCACGAAGCCCUCCUCUACACCACCCCAACAGUCUUGGGUAUACGGGCCCCGCAGGCUGGUGACAAGACCCGAUGUCGGUUCCAUUGGCGUAGGAGGUGGAGCCUAUUGGGGUCAUGCUGAUGGAGUAGGAGUUCAGAUUGAUACCAUCACACCUGAAAUUCGGGCACUUUAUAACGUACUGGGAAAAGUGAAGAGAGAGCGUGAUGCGUACAAGCAGAGAUGGGAAGAGGAGUACACAGCACGUGUUCAGCUCCAGCAAAGAGUCUCUGAAUUGGAUGAGGAGGCCCAGGAAUCAGCUCUCUAUCAAGAAGAACUGGCUAUGAAGAUCAAACAGCUGAAGGCUGAACUUGUUGUCUUCAAAGGGUUAAUGAGCAAUAACCUGACUGACCUGGACACCAAGAUCCAGGAGAAGGCAAUGAGAGUGGACAUGGAUAUCUGCCGCCGGAUUGAUAUCACAGCAAAGCUUUGUGAUGUAGCUCAGCAGCGGAGCUGUGAGGACAUGAUCAACAUGUUGCAGACGGUUCACUUGUCCCCAAUGAAAGUUUUGGGAAGAAGGAAGGAGCGGAAAGCGGCUACUGAUGACGAGCCAUCGCUGUGUGAGAGCGACAGCGCGAGGGGAGGCGAGGAGGAUGAGAGCACCGCGAUGAGCAUUAAUGAGGAAAUGCAACGAAUGCUGAAUCAGCUUCGCGAGUAUGAUUUCGAAGAUGACUGUGACAGCCUCGCCUGGGAGGAGACAGAGGAAACGCUAUUAUUGUGGGAAGAUUUUUCAGGUUACACAAUGUCGGCAAUGGAGACACAGGGAGAGACACAGGAAGACAGUCUGGAAGAGGUGAUCAAAGACACUGAAUCUCUUUUCAAGAGUCGAGAAAAAGAAUAUCAAGAAACUAUCGGCCAGAUUGAGCUGGAACUAGCCACAGCUAAGGAUGAUAUGACGCGCCACCUUCACGAAUACAUGGAAAUGUGCAGCAUGAAGAGGGGACUAGAUGUGCAAAUGGAGACCUGCCGAAGACUUAUCAAUCAAUCUGAAGAUAGAUCUCCACCUCCCAGUAGCGAAUCUAACUGUAAUGAAGACCCAGAGGAUUCUGACCGAGAUCCCCCUUCUUCUGACAGCUCAGCAAGAUGAUUGGGGGCCAGAAUCUACCUCUUUAAACACCCUGCUUCUCCACCACUGCCUUCCAGACUGUACCACUGAGCAUAUAGCAGGGUGUUUACCGUCCUAAGACUUUUGGGGUGCUAAGCUUACAGAUGUUGGGUCUAUAUGGGAAUUCCAGAAUAAUGUGUG